GGCAUUAAUAAAAAAUAAAAAAAUCCUAGAGAAACAAGGGCCUUAUCCAUGAAAGUAACAGUAGGAAGACUUAGCUUCAUCUCCAAAACCAGGGGCUUCGCAGCCCGCAGGUUCUCUCUCUCCCCUCCCCUCCAUAAAUCUAACAAAAUGCACCUCUCCAAAUCACAGCCUCUCUCUCUAAACUUCCGUCUCCCUAUUUAAACUUCCGUCUCCCUCUUGCCCCCCUUUCUCUUAUUUCAAUUCCUCAUCAGUUGCAGAGAAUCUAUCUCUCUCUUGUUGCGCACAAAUCAUCUUUCUCUUACAACUCGCAGAGGCCUUAAAAUGCCCAAUGCUAUUCUUUCUCUCUCCUCUGCACCUCCCGUCUCUCUCUCUUUCAAACAUCGCUCGAAUCUCUUUCCGCUCACACCUCUGCAACUCAACAAAACCCUGCAAUUGCCGACCUUCAGAACGCCACCCAACAAUGGAAAAUUCAGUCGCAAACCCUUAGCGGCCAUUAUCGAAAAGGAAACCGCAAUCUCAGAAAGACCUGAAACCUUCUUGAGAGAAGGAGAAGAGGAUCCCCCCAUUUCAUCUUCGUCUUCUUCUCCCUCUUCUGUUAGGGCUCGAUUCGAACGCAUGAUCAGGGAAGCUCAGGAUACUGUUUGUUCAGCCAUUGAAGAGGUUGAUAAGGGGGCUUCCUUUAAGGAAGAUGUGUGGUCUAGACCAGGUGGUGGUGGUGGAAUUAGUAGGGUUUUACAGGAUGGUCAUGUUUGGGAGAAAGCUGGUGUUAAUGUCUCUGUAGUUUAUGGACAAAUGCCACCUGAUGCUUAUAGAGCCGCGAAGGGAGAUGCUUCUUUGGAUCCUAGUGUGAAGCCUGGGCCUGUGCCUUUCUUUGCAGCUGGUAUUAGCUCGGUUUUGCAUCCGAAGAACCCGUUUGCUCCCACGUUGCAUUUUAAUUAUCGAUAUUUUGAGACGGAUCCCCCAAAAGAUGCAGUUGGAGCACCAAGACAGUGGUGGUUUGGUGGGGGAACUGAUCUAACUCCUUCCUACAUAUUUGAGGAGGAUGUCAAGCACUUUCAUAUGGCUCAAAAGCAGGCUUGUGAUAAGUUUGACCCUGGGUUCUACCCUAGAUUCAAGAAAUGGUGUGAUGAUUAUUUCUAUAUCAAGCACCGUGGGGAAAGGCGUGGUUUAGGAGGAAUCUUUUUUGAUGAUCUUUGUGAUUAUGACCAGGAGCUUUUGCUUGGUUUUGCAACAGAGUGUGCAAAGUCGGUGGUACCAGCAUACAUUCCAAUCAUAGAAAGACGAAAGGAUACCCCAUUCACAGAUCAGCAUAAAGCAUGGCAGCAAUUACGGAGGGGCCGCUAUGUCGAGUUCAACUUGGUUUAUGAUCGUGGUACAACAUUUGGACUCAAGACGGGAGGCCGGAUUGAAAGUAUUUUGGUUUCUCUUCCAUUGACUGCUCGAUGGGAAUAUGACCAUAAUCCGGAAGAAGGAAGUGAAGAAUGGAAGCUUCUAGAUGCAUGCAUUAACCCCAAGGAAUGGGUGUGACAUCCCUUGCAAGCAAUGUUUGUUGGUAUUCUUUUCUCAACUGAAUCUCACCCAUGUUUUGUAGCUAGAGCAGGAGGACUUCAGUGCAUAAUUUUCAUGAGUAGGUCUUGUGAUUUUCUGUAGCGGGGCUUCUUGUUUUAUUCCAACCCUAAUUUGUAUUAUCAUUGAUGUCCUUUCUGAUGUUAGAUCUUACUGAGGAUAUUGUAUUGCAAAUUAAUAAACACCAAUUCUGUGUGUUCCAAAGAGACUCAA